CUCUAUGUUACAAUGACAUUACUCACUACAUUAGUAUAUUGUUCAACUUGGCAGAACAAAAACUAGUCCAACACACCAUAUCCUUCAAAUCAGGCUUUAAAAAACAAUUUUGGUUCAAAGAAAUAUGAACUAUUAGAGAUCCAUAUUGUUUUGCGCACCAAGGACUUAUUUAAAGAUUUGAGAUGUUGAACAGUUUAGCACUGGUGCAGGAUGGGUGGAUUGCCACAUCAACAAGUUAUGGGUUCUUUCUAGUUUAGGUUGUUUGUUUUUUUAACAGUAGCCAAGUAGCAAAAUUUCUUAAAGAGCAUUGUCAGGGUUCUCAGUUGAUGAAAGUGUAGCAGAACUUUAGAGACUGGGGUCAGCUGGAAUGUCUGGGCCUCAGUGCUGGUGAUUCCUGCAGUCCAGUCUGUUGAAUCAAGUACACCUAGUUGAAGAACCUCCAAUGCUGCUGUAGUUCUGAUUCUUGAGGGGACAGGAUGACUUCUAGAGGAUCAAGGCUAGGUUCUAGGUCACAUUCUGCGGGAUCAUCCAGAUCACGUUCAUCUUCCGUGAGAUCCAGGUCAAAUGUUAGGUCUGACUCCAGAAGUCUGGGCAGUUCCAAAAGUUCUUCGGGGUUGAGGUCUAACAAUGGCAGCAAGGCCAAGUCCUCCCAGUCUCUACCAGGCGAUGAGUCAUCUCUUAGUAUUAUAUCACAAGUGACCUUGCCCUUCAUCAUAGCGGGUUUUGGAAUGGUGGGAGCUGGCAUGGUCUUGGACAUUGUCCAGCACUGGCCAGUGUUUACUGAUGUUAAGGAGAUCUUCAUUUUGGUGCCAGCUUUACUGGGGCUGAAAGGGAACCUGGAGAUGACUUUGGCAUCACGACUGUCAACACAGGCUAACCUGGGGAACAUGGACACCAAGAAGGAACUGCUCAAGAUGGUUGGAGGGAACCUUUGUCUUGUCCAGGCGCAGGCUAUUGUUGUAGGGUUCUUGUCAUCUUUGACAGCCAUGGUACUUGGGUGGAUCCCCAAGGGUGAAUUCAACAUCCAGCAUGCCUUCCUCUUGUGCGCCAGUAGCAUGUUUACAGCGGCUGUGGCUAGUUUUGCUUUAGGUUCCAUCAUGGUGAUAGUUGUUCUGAUAUCCAGAUUUUUUAAAAUCAACCCUGACAAUGUUGCCACGCCCAUUGCUGCCAGUCUGGGGGAUCUGGUGACUCUAGGGAUACUCUCCUGGGUGGGGAAUCUUUUGUUUGCAGCAAUAGGUAAACAGGUGUGGUUGGCUCCUUGUAUCAUUGCCUUCUUCCUGUUGUUGCUGCCCCUGUGGGUGGUCAUCUCUGUCAAAAACAAGUACACCGAUGAUGUCAUCUACUCAGGGUGGACCCCAGUCUUAUCUGCUAUGUUGAUAUCAAGUAUAGGUGGUUUGAUAUUAGACCACACAGUAGCGGCGUAUGAUGGCAUAGCUGUCUUCCAACCUGUCAUCAAUGGUGUUGGGGGCAAUUUGGCCGCAGUCCAUGCCAGCAGGAUAAGUACAUCUCUCCACCAGACAGGAAGGCCAGGCGAAAGGCUGAAAGAUUCCAAACUACGCGGGUGUCUUAACAUAUUCAAAGUAUAUUUUGGUUCAGCUGUCCAUUCAAGAGCUGCCAGGGUUCUCACAUUGCUGGUCGUCCCUGGACACUUAAUUUUUAGCCUCACAAUUUUCUACUUGCGUGCUGGCCACACCUCAAGUUCCCUUUUAUUUCAGUGUUUUUAUUUGACAGCUGCCCUUAUGCAGGUGGUCCUGCUGAUCUACAUUGCCACUUGGUUAGUUCCAGUGAUAUGGGUCUUAGGUUCUGACCCUGAUAAUGUUGCUAUACCUUACCUGACCGCCCUGGGAGAUCUUCUUGGGACAGCUCUCCUGGCUGCUGCCUUCCAUCUUCUAUUUUUGUUAGGUGAUAGGGAUGCAGAUAUCGGAGAUUGAAAAUCUCAGUAUUUAUUACUCCUAGCUGUAAAUGAUAUAUUUAUUUUCUUUCUUCUAAAUAUGUUAUGUAUAUGGGUACAAUAA